AUGCCGCACAGGUUAGGAGAUCCGGUUCCCCGCCUGUCGGAGAACCAGAAGACAGUCUACAAGGCCUAUGGCUCAAUCCCGCUUUGGGUGGAUGAGCACAAUAACAUCGUCUGCCAGUACUGCAAUGGCGCCACGGCAUGCGAACCAAGCUGCCUGCUGGCCGGGGUGAUGGACAACAUGCGCAAGGACGUGGGGUUCCUUGAUGCUGAGGACGCACGGCAAGGCGUGCCCGUCACGCCAGAAGAGCUGAAGGACAACUUUCGGCUCUUCUGCGAGAGGGAUGACGUCGCGUCCCUCGUCAGCAGCCAGCGGCUCUUCGAGGAUUUCGUUGACGCCAAGAGCAUAGUUCUUGUCCUGCAGAGCCUUGGCCCGUGGCUAGUAUCCGAGGCACAGCGCUAUGCGGAGGCGGGAGGGGUGCACAACCAGCCGCGCGACCGCCUGGCACUGAAGUGCACUCGUGCGGUGACACUGUUCCUGCGUCUUGACCUGAAUGCGCUGUCACUGGAGGACACUAUCAUCCUGAGCAACGUGGUUGAGAGCUCGGGGAUUAUGGAGGAGUUCGACCCAGUCAUGCAGAACAACAUCCAGAUUGUCAUGGACCUUCUCAGCAUCGUCCACGCCUUCCGCGAGAUGCAGGGCAAGGAUGGAGGCCUCAAAGCCCUUCUUACUGGUGAACCGGCUGCUGAAGUUGGAGGGAGUGGUGGUCGCGCCCCUCCUCCCAGCGUCAGCGGUAAGAAGCAGCCAGGUGUUAGUGUUGCUCGUACCGCCACCACCUUUGAGGACGACCCCACAGCCCCUCGGCGAUGCCAUGGACGUACACAGAGCGGAGCCCGAUGCAAGCUGACAGAGGAGUCAGUGAACAAGCUGCAUGGCCGCUGUGCUGAUGCUGCUCGGCCGCUGGCACGAGGAGCCAAGUAUUGCAAGUUCCACCGUGAUCAACAAUUCAUGGGCGUGUGA